AUGUGUAUCUAUUGUACAUUCACAAUAGCAACCAGCCUGUGCUCGUCUCUGUCAUGUGAAUAUAAAUGUCAAGCUUCUCUGGAUGGUGGAAAAUGUUAUUGUGCAACAGGAAUGCAGGUGAAUCCAGCUGAUAGCAGAAGUUGUACAGAUUUUGAUGAAUGCUCCCAGUGGGGGUUCUGUGAUCAGACCUGUGUGAACCUUCAUAGCAGCUUUGAGUGUACUUGUGCAGCUGGAUACAGACUUGUCCCUCCCAGACACUGCCGUGCCGAGAACAGUACUCAAAUGAUGCUGCUGUUCACCCAUCACAGUAAAAUAUACAAAUCUGAUCCACAAGGCUUAAACCUAGAAAUUAUUGCUAACACUACAGCAACUAGUGCUGUAGAUUUCCAUUAUAAUAAAGGUCUUAUUUUCUGGUCUGACACUCAAACCAGAAAGGUUUACCAAUUACAAGCUUCUGACAUGAAGCAGUCUGGAGAAAUUGUUAUUCACUUUCCUUGGAAUCCUGUCUGUCUGGCUGUGGACUGGGUGGGAAAUAAACUGUACAUCUGUGAUGCUGUAGGCCAGAAAAUAGACCUUAUGGAACUGGAGGGUGACCAGCAUGCCAUAAUCAUCAGCCACAAAUUAUCCUCUCUAUUAGACAUAACUCUGGACCCUACAGUAGGACUGAUGUUCUUCAGUUACGAUGAUAAGGUUGACAAGGCACAUAUGGAUGGUUCUAAUAGAAACUCUAUUGUCGACUCUUUCAUAUACAAAGCUUCAGGCCUUACCAUUGACUAUGUUAACAAGCUACUUAUUUGGUGUGACUCACUGCUGAACCAGAUAGUGGCUGUUGACUAUGAUGGCAAAAAAAGGCACACAAUUGUUAGAGGUAGUAGUGUGGUCCCUUUUCCAAGCAGGCUGACUGUGUUUGAGAACAGUGUUUACUGGACUGAUGGUAGAAGACAAGGUGUGAUGCGGACCCAUCUUUUCAACAGUUCUGAAAGUGUUGAUUUCAUUUAUCAUGACAAAACACUACUCAAAGGUCCAAAAGCCAUCAAGUUUUACCAUCCUCUUCGCCAACCACCAGUGACCAAUCCAUGUGAAGUUAAUAAUGGCGGCUGUGAGCAUAUGUGUGUUGUGACCCCGAGUGCUGAAGAAUAUGGUCUUGGUUAUCGGUGUGUUUGUAGCAUUGGCUUUGAGAUCUCACCAAAUGGGAGAUCGUGUACUCGUGUUGAAGAAUUUCUUUUAUACUCUCAGCAAACUUUUGUUAGAGGAACAAUUCUCAAUCCUGUGGGGGAGGGGUUUACUGAUGCUAUAAUACCAAUAGUGAGUAAACCUGCCAGAUAUGUUGGCCUUGACUUUGAUACUCACCGUGGAUACAUUUAUUACUCUGAUGUAAUCUUGGAUGUAAUUUAUAGAAUCAAGACUGAUGGAACAGGAAAGGAAAAUGUGCUUGUAUCACAGUAUGAAGGUAUGGAAGGCUUGGCUCUGGAUUGGAUCUCCAACAAUCUUUACUAUAUUAAGAGCAAAAAAGGAACUUUAAAUGUCAUUUCCAUGAAUAACUAUCAAAACAGAAAGACACUGAUUGACAACCUGAGACAUCCUCGUGCCAUUGUAGUUCAUCCUAACAGGGGUUACCUGUUUUACUCCGAGUGGGAUCAACCAGCAAAAAUCAGCAGAACAUAUUUAGAUGGGACAAAUUCACUGAUGUUCCAUGGGAUUAUUCUAGGUUGGCCAACUGGCUUGAGUAUUGACUUUAUGAAAGAUCGUCUCUAUUGGUGUGAUGCUUUACUUGCUCACAUUCAGCAUGCUAAUCUUGAUGGUACUGAUGUCCAAACAAUAAGUUCUUCAAUGGUCAGGCAUCCAUUUUCACUAGUUAUCCAUAAUGAGUGGUUGUAUGUAACAGACUGGAAACUAGAUGCUGUCUUGAAGAUGAACAAAGAUACAGGGGCAGAUAAGGAAAUCAUGGUUACCGCUGAGGAAGGAAAUCACUUUUAUGGAAUUAAAAUUUUUAGUGCCAAAAACCAAAAAAUAAAUCCACAUCAUCCAUGCCAUGUAAACAAUGGUAAUUGUGAGAAGUUUUGUUUUGCUAUACCGGUGAAUAACCGUAGAGGUCAGAACCUUCACGUUCAUUGUGGUUGUCCUUUUGGAGAAAAACUUGGUGACAAUAAGAUAAACUGUGUAUCUGACCCAAACACUGAGCCACCUGUGAAUGCUUGCCCUAACUCAUGGGACUUCACUUGUGAUAACAAUCAUUGUAUUCCUAGUACAUGGGUUUGUGAUGGUGAUGAUGACUGCUUGGAUAAUUCUGAUGAAAACCAGAACUGCACCAAAUUGACCUGUAGCGCAGGAAGAUUUCAAUGCAGUAGUGGACGAUGCAUUCCAUUAUCUUUCAAGUGUGAUUCUGAAAAUGACUGUGGUGAUUACUCAGACGAGGCUGACUGUGCCAAUGUCACUUGUGAAGCUACUGAGUUUUCCUGUGGUAACGGUCAGUGUGUUCCUCAGUCCUGGAAGUGCGACUCUCAGAAUGAUUGUGAUGAUGGCUCUGAUGAAGGAGACUUUUGUGUCAAGAGGACCUGUGCAUAUUACCAGUUUACUUGUCCAGCAUCAGGACACUGUGUUCCACAAAGCUGGGUUUGUGAUGGAGACAAUGACUGUUUUGAUGGAGCAGAUGAGCAGGGCUGCACACCUAUUACUUGUCCAUCAAGUCAGUUUCAAUGUGGUGAUCAUAAACAGUGUAUUCAUAAUAGUUAUCGUUGUGAUGGUGUUUCUGAUUGUCAGGAUGGAUCAGAUGAACUAGGAUGUCCAUCUACAGCAACAAAUGAUUGUGACCCAGAGAAGUCAUUUCAGUGCAAAACUUCUAGAAUUUGUAUCCCAAAGCUCUGGCACUGUGAUGGCAGUAGUGACUGUGAGGAUGGGAGUGAUGAGCCUGAUAAUUGUGGAGAGGUUGUCUGUCCUCUGAACAGCUUCCGAUGCAACAACACACGCUGUAUUGUAAAGUCCUGGAUCUGUGAUGGGACCGAUGACUGUGGUGAUGGGUCUGAUGAGGAUCACAGACAUGCGUGUGGUCCUGCACCUUUUACAUGCCCAUCCAAUCAGUGGAAAUGUCCAAACCUCACCGAGAGGUGUAUCAGCGUCUCUCAAGUGUGUGAUGGUAUAACUGAUUGUCCGAACGAUGCCGAUGAAGGUCCCACUUGCAGUUUUGACCAGUGUGAGAAAGAUAAUAAUGGCUGUAGCUAUAACUGUACUCAGACUCCUCUUGGGCCAAUAUGCCUAUGUCCACAGGGCGAGGUGUUGAAUGACACCACUACUUGUGUUGACCAAAAUGAAUGUGUGUCCCCGGGCCACUGUAGCCAAGAUUGCGUCAACACAAAAGGAUCUUUUAAAUGUACCUGCCAGGGUGGGUACAAGCUUGCUACUGAUCACCUCACCUGUAAAGCAGUGAAUUGGACUGAUGCAUUUCUGGUCAUUUCUAAUCGUUGGUCAAUUCUGAUGGCAAAUCUCAAUACCAGCAAUAUUGAACAGCUACCCAUUGAGAUUGAAUAUGCUGUAGCAACUGCUUCUGAUGUAGCAUCUGGCUACAUUUACUGGUCAGAUAUGAUCCUGAAGAAGAUCUUUCGCAUGAAGAAUGAUGGGCAGCAAGAAGUGGUGAUAUCUGGUGGUGUGGACCUAGUUGAAGGUCUGGCUGUGGAUUGGGUUGGUAGGAAUCUGUAUUGGGUGGAUUCCAAACUGAACACAAUGGAAGUUACUACUCUAGAUGGAGAAAACCACAUUGUGUUGUUUAGUGAAAAUAUUACACAACCUCGAGGGCUUGCUGUGGAUCCUAGAGAAGAAGUUAGACUGGUUUUCUGGUCUGACUGGGGAGAGAAUCCACGUAUUGAAAGUGCUGGAUUAGAUGGUUCCUUGAGGCAAACUGUUGUAGAUACCAAAAUAUUCUGGCCCAAUGGUUUAACACUAGAUAUUCCUAACAAACGGAUGUAUUUUGCCGAUGCCAAACUCGACUACAUAGACUUUUGCAAUUAUGACGGCUCAGGAAGGCACCAGGUUAUUGCUCAUAAUCAUUACUUAAUUCAUCCUCACUCCCUCACUGUAUUUGAGGACACGCUGUACUGGACCGACCGUCUACUGAAUCGUGUUCUAUCCUGUAACAAAUUCCAUGGCACUAAUCAAACAGUCGUACCUCACAUGUUUAGUCGGCCUCUGAGUAUUCACGUCAAUCAUGCAGUGUUGCAACCACCUGCCAUCAACCCUUGUCUGUCGUCCUCUUGUAGUCACCUGUGUCUACUUUCUCCCUCUGUUUCCAGUGGAUUCUCUUGUCUCUGUCCAUCCGGUUAUGAGCAAGACCAAGCUGAGACUGGCACCUGCAAUCCAGUUGAUACACCAUACCUGAUGAUAAUGAAAAGUACACAACUUGUGGAUAGGAGUCUGUCACCAGAUGAUACGUCCUUUGGACGAUUUACACCUGUUAUUGGAAUAGAAAAUGGCUAUGACUUUGAUUUUGAUAAGAAAAAUGGAAUUCUCUUCUGGGUCCAGCUUGAAGUGGAUGACAGAGAAAAUGGAGUUUUGUACAAGGUUAGUUUGACUGGUGGAAACUGGACCAAAGUUUUGCCAGAUGGCAUUAUAGGUGCACCAUAUACAGUAACGUAUGACUGGCUUGGCCAAAAUCUCUACAUUGGCAACAGGAAAGCCUCUAACAUUGAAGUUUUAAAAAUUGAUGGUGAAGAAAGUUUUCGAAAAGUUAUCUUAGUCAACGAUGGCACAGAAAAUGGAAUUGGCAAGCCAAAAUCCAUAGCUGUUUAUCCAGAAGAAGGCAAGCUGUUCUGGCUUGAUGAAGGGGGUAUUGGUGUCCCCCAAAAACUGGCAAGAGUUGACAUGGAUGGAAAGAACAGUACAGUUCUUGUAAAAGGAGGGCUUCACCACCUGGAGGUUCUUACUGUUGACUUGUUAAACAAGAGACUAUAUUGGAGUCAGAGUUUCCCAGGCAUUAUUGAAACAGCUGAUUUUAAUGGUAAUGACAGAAAGACUGUUGUUCCAGCUUCUUCUCAUAUUUCAAAACCACAAGGUUUAGCAAUCUACAACAACACAUUGUUUUAUUUGGAUGUUGUUUAUGAAAAUAUUGUGAGAGUAAACCUUCCUCGUGGUACUAAUCCAACUGUCAUGGAUAAAAAUAUAGAAGAUAUGAGAACCAUGAAAAUUUAUGGCAAAAGGCCAGAUGUGGUGAAGCAUCCAUGUCAGAAAAGCAAUGGAGGAUGCCAACAAAUUUGUGUUCCUUCAUCAGCCAAUCAGCGUACUUGUUUGUGUAGCACAGGAUACAAAGAGAAGGAUACAACAAAGUGUGAAGCGUACUCCUCAUUUGUUGUGGUGUCAGAGCUAGAUAAUGUACGUGGAUACAGUUUAGAGGAUCAUAGUGAGGCUAUGCAACCCAUAGCUGGGUCAGGUCACAACAUACUGCAUCUGGAUGUUCAUGUUGCAAAAAAACACAUUUAUUGGGUUGAAUUUAAUCAAGAAGAAAGAAUUGGUAUUUAUCGUAUCAAGCCUGAUGGCACAGACUUUGCCCAUGUGAUUUCUAGUGGUAUUGGGAGCUAUGGGAUUCGUGGUCUUGCUGUAGACUGGUUGGCAGAGAACCUGUACUUUACCAACGUUUUUCCUCACGAGACUUUUGUCGAAGUAUGCUGGUUGGAUGGCUCCAAUCGUCUUGUGCUUUUCAAGACCACAACAGAUUCACCACGAGAAAUUGCAGUCAAUCCCAUUAAAAGAUUCUUAUAUUGGAUUGACUAUGGAAAAUACCCCAAAAUCGAAAAAUCUCUUUUAGAUGGAACAAAUCGCACCCCAAUUGUAGUUACUGGGAUCACCAGUCCACGUGACUUAACUGUUGACAUCACAACUCACAAUGUGUACUGGGUUGACUCUAGAGAAGAUGCUAUCCAGCGCGUGUCCUUCAGUGGUGGUAGAAGAGAAUACAUUCGACGAAAUUUGCCUAAUCCAGUGGGUGUAGCAGUAGUUGGAUCAGAAAUGUACUGGGUGGAUCAGAAUCUCCAAACAGUAUUCAAGGCUACAAAGCAACCAGGAGAUACAUCUUCUCCAAAAUUAAUCAAAUCUGAUUUGUACACACUGAUGGACAUUGUAAUUUUUGAUAAGAAUGUACAGCCAAUUAGUAGUCAGAACAUUUGUUCCAGACAAGAAAAUAGAAUCUGUGAACAGUUGUGUUUUGCUAUGCCAGAAGGAACUAAAGCAAAGAAUAGGAAAUGUGCUUGUGCCGUUGGAUCGCUGGCUGUUGAUGACCAGGAGAAAAUAGAAAGAUCAGAUAUGGAUGGAAUGAACAGGGAAACACUGGUGUUUGCUACUGUUUAUCCUUUUGCAAUAACUGUGUUUGGAGGUUUCAUCUAUUGGACAGAUCUUCAGUUAAGAGGAAUUUAUAGGGCUGACAAAUAUACCGGUAGUGGGCUAAUAGAGAUGGUCAAAGGACUCGAGGAAUCUCCAAAAGACAUUCAAAUUUUUGCUCCAGACAGGCAGACAUGUAAAGAGAAUGCUUGUAGUCGGAAUAAUGGAGGCUGUGCCCACUCCUGUCAUCAGGCUCCUAAUGGUACAGUGGAAUGUUUAUGCAAUGACACGUACAAAGUCGCUAAUGAUGGGCUUAUGUGUGUGGAACACAGUGUGAACUGUGAUGAAUCAAAGUUUGCCUGUGCCAAUGGAAACUGCCUUUCAAGACAGUGGGUGUGUGACGGAGCUGACGAUUGUGGUGACGACACUGAUGAGAAUGAAAAUUUUUGUUCCAUCCGCACGUGUAGUCCACAGGAAUAUCAUUGUGGAAGUGGCCAGUGUAUCUUGAAAGUCUGGCUUUGUGAUCACGAAAAGGACUGUAAAGAUAACUCAGAUGAACAAGACUGUGAGUAUCUGCCUUGUUCAGAGGGUGAGUUUACCUGUGCCAACUUUCGUUGUAUUCCUAAUUCUCAAGUAUGUAAUGGUGUAGAUGACUGUAGAGACAAUGUGGCAUCUGACGAAAGCCAUGCCAAUUGUCCAAACAACAGAACGUGUCCUGGAGCCUACAUAAAGUGUGAAGCAACUAACAUCUGUGUUGAACGGUAUUGGUUAUGUGAUGGAGACAACGACUGUGGAGACAAUUCUGAUGAGAACUUAUUUUUCUGCUCUCAAACAUCCUGUCCUGCCUACAGUUUUAGAUGCACCAACCAUAAAUGUAUUCCUUCUACUUGGUACUGUGAUGGUGAAGAGGAUUGUGAAGAUGGCGAAGAUGAACCUUCUGAAUAUUGUGAAAGUGAAACAAGAACUUGUUUCAGUGACUUAUUUUCAUGUGAUAAUGGAAAUUGCAUCCCAAGUAUACAUAUCUGUGAUGGUGAUAAUGACUGUUUAGAUAAUUCAGAUGAGGAUGAGCGUCAUCAGUGUGAUACUCGAGAGUGUGACCCCGAGAAAGAAUUCACGUGCACUCAGAACAAACAAUGGGGACAUGCUACAUGCAUUUUAAAACAAUGGAUUUGUGAUGGAGAACCUGACUGUGUUGAUGGAGCCGAUGAAAAUACUUCGCUCCAUAACUGUCCUGCCCCUGAACCUUGUAAUGCUUACCAGUUCCAAUGUAAUAAUCAUCGGUGUAUCAGUGAAGAAUGGGUUUGUGAUCACGACAAUGAUUGUGGUGAUGCAUCUGAUGAACCCAAGAACUGCACUUAUCCUACUUGCUCUUCUGAUGAAUUCCCCUGUCGUAAUGGUAAAUGCGUCUUUAAGGUUUACCAGUGUGAUGGUGAAGAUGAUUGUGGAGAUGGAAGUGAUGAGUCAGCUGAAGAGUGCACCACAAAAGAACCAACUUGCAAUGGAGCUCAGUUCCUUUGUAAAAAUGGAAAGUGUAUUGACUAUGAAUUGGUAUGCAACAAGCAAGAGGACUGUGAUGAUGGCUCAGAUGAAUCUUCUCACUGUUAUGUUGAUGAAUGUGCAAGUAUUGAGUCGAAUCAGUGUGAACACAAGUGUGUUAACACUCUGACCGGAUUCUACUGUGAGUGUAAUGAAGGCUACCAGUUGAUGAAAGAUGGAAAAGCAUGCCAAGACAUUGAUGAAUGUACCAAGGAAUGGGGUGGUUGUUCCCAAUAUUGUCUCAACACACCAGGAUCUUACUACUGCAAGUGUAACGAUACUUACUAUGAACGAGAAAUGGACUCUCUCACGUGUAAACGUAAAGAUGAUAUUUUUCCAUGGAUUAUCUUCAGUAAUCAUUAUUACCUCCGCAACAUGAGUGUAGAUGGCUCUCAUUAUAACCUCAUCAAAAUGGAUUUACACAAUGUGGUAGCUCUUGAUUUUGACUAUCGAGAUGAAAGGUUAUACUUUUGUGAUGUAGGAACUGAAACAAUUGGAAGAAUAUUUAUUAAUGGAACAAAUGAAGAGACAAUCAUACAUCACAAUGCCCAUGGUUUGGAAGGUCUUGGUGUGGACUGGAUUGGAAGAAAAAUCUACUGGUUAGAUAGCACAUCUAAACAACUUUCUGUUGCUGAGCUUGAUGGAACUAAUAGAAAAACAUUACUUGGGAGAGGCUUCUUUAACCCACAGGCCUUAGCCAUUCAUCCAGGCAUUGGGUACCUGUAUAUGACAGAUUGGGGUCAUCAUGCUUUCAUCGGGCGAAUUGGGCUGGAUGGGUCAAACUUUUCCCGGCUGAUAACUUUCAAAGACAAACUUGUAUGGCCAAAUGCUCUUACAAUUGAUUACUUCAGUAAUAAACUUUUUUGGGCAGAUGCUCACUUGGAUUAUAUUGAGUUUUCUGAUAUGGAUGGUGAACAUCGACACACUGUUCUUCAGGGAAGAAUAGUCCCAAAUGUUUUUGCUCUAUCGAUAUUUGAUGACUUCUUGUAUUGGACUGACUGGAACAUAAAAGGACUUUACAAAGCCCACAAGUUCACUGGAGAGAAUAUUCAAAUCUUGAGGAAUACUACACAUCGACCUUAUGACAUUCAUAUUUAUCAUCCAUUGAGACAAUUACCUUAUCCCAACCCUUGUGAAAACAAGAAUGGAGAAUGUAGCCACUUGUGCCUACUUUCACCUGGUGGUGGUCGGAUCUGUGCCUGUCCAGAUCAGUUUAUCCUUCUUGAUAAUGUAACUUGUAUAGCCAACUGUACUAGUGGUCAACAUCGCUGUAGUGGCAGUGACGAUAGGUGUAUUCCCAUACUUUGGCGUUGUGAUGGCAAAAAUGACUGUAGUGAUGAAUCAGAUGAAAAGGGUUGCCCUCCAUUCCAUUGUAAAGUGGGCCAAUAUCAGUGUAACAACAAUGAAACAUGUGUCUCCAGUCUUCAAGUUUGUGAUGGAAAUAAUGACUGUGGUGAUAAUUCUGAUGAAAGGUAUUGUGAUCUUCCAUGUGGAGAACACAGCAUCAAGUGUAAUGACACUGGUCGUUGUAUUUCUCAGUCUUGGCAAUGUGAUGGAGAUAAUGAUUGCUCUGACAAAUCAGAUGAAGAUCCUGCCGUGUGUCAUCACCAGGAAUGUGAUUCAGACGUCCAGUUUCGAUGUAACAGUGGGAAAUGCAUACCAAAACUUUGGUACUGUGAUUUGGAUGAUGAUUGUGGAGACGAUUCUGAUGAGCCAGCUUAUCUAUGCAGAAAUCGCAACUGCCCGUUUGGUUGGCAAAAGUGUCCAGCACACAACAACUAUCGGUGCAUUCCCACCUGGCUUUUCUGUGAUGGAAAAAAUGACUGUCAAGACAAUUCAGAUGAGACAAAUCUUGAUUAUUGUCCUAAAUGUCUUGAGAUGGAUGAUUUCAAAUGCAACAACAACAAAUGCAUUCCCAUUAGAUGGCACUGUGAUUUCAAAGAUGACUGUGGGGAUAACUCGGAUGAAGAUCCAACUACAUGUGAAAACCUUUAUCGGGAAUGUUCAGAAAGUGAAUUUCAGUGUGAUAACCAGAAGUGUAUUCCAUCAAGUUGGAGAUGUAAUCAUGAUGAUGACUGUGAUGACAGGAGUGAUGAAAAAGAUUGUCUGAAUUACCAGUGUAAGGAAGAUCAAUUUAAAUGUCAGAGUGGUCACUGUAUUUCUAACAAACUUGUGUGUGAUGGAAACAAGGACUGUCACGAUGUAUCUGAUGAGCAGAACUGUCCGACACGUUAUCCAGGAGGUCGAUACUGUCACAAUUCUUAUUUUGAAUGUAACAACACUGUAUGUUUACAGCUUGACUUUGUUUGUGAUGGUGAUGAUGACUGUGGUGAUGCAUCAGAUGAGAAGGAAGACCUGUGCCGAAACUAUAAAUGUGACUCUAGCAGGAGAUUUCAAUGUAUGAAUGAUCAUUGUAUCCCACAUUGGAAGUUGUGUAAUGGUGUAGAUGAUUGUGGUGACAGCUCAGAUGAAAAUAAUCACACCCUGUGUGGUAUUCUAAGCAUCCCGUGUGAUGAAACAGAAUUUCAGUGUGUCAAUCAGAAAUGCAUUCCUAGGACUAAAGUGUGUAACCAUGAAGAUGACUGUGGAGAUAUGUCUGAUGAAAAUGGAUGUCAUAUAGGUAGUUGCAACACCAUCACUCACGGAGGCUGCCAGCAUGGCUGCACAACUCUAAAUAAAGGAGGGUAUAUUUGUGUAUGUCCCAAAGGCUUUAAAGUAACCAAGAGCAACCCUAAACUAUGUGAAGAUAUUGAUGAAUGUUCAGUUUUUGGCCACAGUUGUUCCCAAAUCUGUACAAAUUACAAUGGAACUUAUAGCUGUUCCUGUAAGGAAAAUUUUCAGGCCUUUUCUGGUGGAUGUGUGGCUAAAGGCCCUCCACCUGUUUUAAUGAUAGCCAAUGGUCCAGAAAUUCGUAUGGUGGAUGUUGAAAGUAAAAGACAAACUUUCUUGAUCCAAGGGGAAAGUCGGAUUCAUGAUAUUGAUUUUGAUCCAUUGCACAGUAUUGUGUACUGGAGUGACUCCUAUGAUAAAGUUAUAAAAAGAUCAUUUAUUCCUUACAUAAAUGACUCUGAUCCAGGAACUGGCUAUUCUCAGAAUCUUGAAGUAAAGGGUAUUGCAAAGCCUGGUGCUAUAGCUGUGGACUGGAUUGCAGGUAAUCUUUAUUGGAUGGAUACUGGAUUGUCUGAUUAUGGACCUCAAGGCAAGAUCUUUACCAGUUUAUUAGAUGGGCGGUAUAGACGAUCCAUCAUAUCCACAAAGCUACAGCAUCCAACAUCGUUAUCCCUGGAUCCUGAGAUUGGCAAACUCUUCUGGACUGAUGCUGGCUCCUCACCUAAGAUUGAGUCAGCAUGGAUGGAUGGCACCAAUAGGAAAGUGCUGGUGAACAACAAGCUAGGAUACCCUAGUGGGAUAACAGUGGACUAUGCAGGGGGGCAUCGUAUAUACUGGUGUGACUCAAAGCUGAACACAGUUGAAUCUAUUAAAUCAGAUGGAAGUGACAGGGUGAUUGUGAUCAGUGGAGAACUUUUUCACCCAAUCAGCUUAGAUCUUUUUGAGGACCAUUUGUAUUGGGUUACCCGUGACACUGGAGAAAUUUAUAAACAGGAUAAGUUUGGCAGAGGUAUUAAAGUCAAGAUCUCUCAAAGGCUUGAGACCCCAACUGAUAUAAAGAUUUAUCAACCAUUCAAAUACAAUACCUCAGUGCUGAACCAUUGCAAGAAUGCUAGUUGCACUCACCUAUGCCUCCUUAUUCCAAGAGGAUAUCGCUGUUCCUGUCCUGAUGGUUCAAAUCUGCUGAAAUCCAAUCAGUUGUCCUGUAAUUCAGCCAUGGAAGUUCCGAAACCUGAGCCAUUACACUGUCCAUGCAAGAAUGGUGGAGUUUGCCACCAGGAUUUCAGCAAGAUUGUUUGUCUGUGUCCUGUUAAUUUUGGUGGUAUCCAUUGUGAGAACUACUUUCAACAAGUUCGGGUAACAACCACAUCAUCUGCAGAAGGUGUAAUUUCUAUUGUUAUUCCAGUUAUUAUCAUCCUGCUUGUUUUACUGUUAGCUGUUGGAAUGUUUUUCAUCAUAUAUACAAAACUUCUAAAAAAGAACGAAUCGAGAGAUCAAAGUGUAUCAUUCCGAAGUGGCACAAAUGUAGAGUUUUCUCCCACUUUUAUAAGGAAUGGAAACUGUGAUACAAAUAAUGGGGAACCAUUGGAUGCUGAGUGUAACCUUGGUAAUAUUAAUAAAACUACAGAUUUCUGUAACCCUGUGUAUGAUGCUGUGAUUUUGGAGGCUGGGAAGUUAAGUGAGCUGUUUGAAGUGCCAUCAGAGGUGCUUGGUAAAAAUUUAACGGGAGAAUUCAACUAUACAUCCAACACGGAAUGUGCAGCGUUGUCACAAGGUAACGGUGUAAAGCUGUCAUCAUCAGGGACUCGUAAGCGACAGGCAGCACUGGAUCCUACACAUGUUGACACAGGCAAAGACACUCAGCAUUUGGUAGACGAAGACAAAUCUGAAUGUUUAUCUUAUUAAUAUUACAAUAUUUGUUUGUGUGAGCCUGAUACAUGGACACAACUUUCUGUUAUCUGUGUGCUAAGUAUUGAAAGUUAUAUCAAGGGUUAAAUAGGACAUCUCUACUCUGAAUAAAUUUUCAGCAAUUCCACAAAUACUCCUAAUAAUAUGUGUGUGUAAUAAAACUUUAUAAAAUAAUUUAUUUAAC